AUGGCGACUGUGAAUCAGGUGGCAGAUCACACUAGUUCAAAGAAACACAAAAACCAGAUGAACACUAAACUGGAGAGCAAAAAGGAAGGGCAAAGGGUUUCAAACUUUGGAGAAAAGCCGCUUAAGGGUUUAGGAGAAGAAGAAGCCGGCACCGCCACGGUGGGAGCGCUGCCGAAAUCACAGACCAAAAUGUGGAGGAAAGCCAUAGCAACAGCAGCAGCAACACGCUUCGGCGCACUUCACCACCCGUGGCGCACGAUAGCACGCCCCCACUCAACCACCGCAUCCCCCUCCGCCGCCGUCGACUCCGUUAUCCUGCGCUCCCUCAAGGAACACUAUCUCGAUGUCCAGAAAAUGAACCCUCCCCCAAAAAUCAACCCUCCCUCGCCCUUCACAGUCGUCCAGGGCUCGCUCGACGGCAACGGCCCCGCUCUCAAGCGGAUUUUCGGCCGGGAGGAGAUCACCAUAUCGGUGAUGCGAAUGGAAAAUAUUAUUCCUGGCGAUGGCGGAGAAGACGACGAUGCCGAUGACACGAACCAGUUGUUCCUACACCUCGAUGUUUCAAAGCCCGGGCAGAAGGAGUCUCUACAUUUUCUUUGUGCCCUGUAUCCGGAUGCUUUGGGAAUUCACUCUGUCUCAUUGCGCAAAAUCGCCGAUUUAUCGAGCUCUCGUGAUGUUCUUUCCACGUAUAAUGGCCCUGUUUUUGAAGAUCUUGAUGAAACAAUGAGGGAUGCAUUCCACAAUUACCUAGAAGAGCGGGGUGUGAGUGAAAGUCUCUUUCCAUUUCUUCGAGCAUGGCUUUAUGUCAAAGAUCAUCGUAAUCUUUUGCGAUGGUUCAAAUCAGUGGGAACAUUCAUUAAUGAAAACAAGAAGGUUAAGGAUUCUUAGUUUCAUUAGGAGACCAAGACAAAUGUUUGCUUAGGAAAGAAAGACGGAAGUGGAUUCUAGCAGUUUCAGUGCUGGUUCGAUCUCAACGCUAAUUGUCCAUUUACGGUUUAAUUAGUACAGAUCAAGUUCUUCGGCGCUAGUUUUGUACGGGACCUGCUAAUAUAUAUGUUAUAACUGUAUCAAAUUCAUUUUCCCUUGUUCAGAAUCUAAUUCAUGUUUGUUUGCAUUUGCA